AUGAAAGGCGAGGUAGAGACACUUCUUGAUGAAGAUGACGCUGCAAGAACCACUGGUCGCACCCUCAAGACCGUGAUUAUCGAAGACUCGAGCUCAGAAUCAGAGGAGGUAGAAUCGGAAAGGGAGAUGGAGUCGGGGGGGUUCAGAGAGCGGGCAAACAGCUUCCAUCACGAUGGCGACCAGGUUCAACCUACAGCCUCAAGCUCCGCCCCGGCUUUGUCAACACCUAUCCUCAGCUUAGCUGCUGCAACGUCACCACCUGGUACCCCUUCUGAGCGAAAAGCGUUUGUAGUCUACCGAGGAGCUCGACCUGGCGCCUUUCAACGCUUCUACCAGAUUCAUCCAGACGAUCGCUUACCAGGUGGCGUUUUCAAAAGCUUUCCAAGUCUUGAACUCGCUCGCGAAGUUUAUCAACAAGCAUUUCGAACAGGGGUCAUUGACGCCCUGAACGAUGAGCCACUAGAUGGCAACUCACCCCAGUUCUACGUCGUGUCACAAGGCGUUCACCCUGCCAUGUAUCCAAACCCCAUUCCAGCCAUGAGAGAUGGAUUAGGAUGGCGUGGUGGGGCUCUCUACAUCUUCCACAGCCGCCUAAAGGCUGAAACAUUCUUCUUGAGAGAGCUGAACGCAGGUCGAACCCGACAAUGGACGCUGAGUUUGUAG